AUGUUGUUAAACCGACGGAUGCGAACAAUUCCAAACAUGUUCGUGGCAUCACUCGCUAUUUCAGAUUUACUCAUAGGAGUUCUAUGCGCGGUUCCUUCAUCCCUUCCUGUAUUGGUGACUUCCAGUGACCCCUUUAACGAUACCUUUUGCCAGUUCCAAGGGUAUAUAGCUAUAACAUUGGCAGUGGCUUCAAUUUACACAUUGGUCCUGAUGGCAGGGAACCGGUACUAUAGAAUCGUCAAACCGACAAAAUAUCGUCGCUAUUUCACAAAGAAGAAAACCAAGAUAAUGAUUCUUGUGUCCUGGUUGUUGUCACUAAGUGCUCCAUUGCCAUAUUUCUUGAGUGGGCACAAAAUGGUUUUCCAUCCUUUUAAGCUCUUUUGCGUUCCUAAAAUCAUUGCCGUUCUGGGAAUUUCGGGCACAAUGUGUUUGGGGAUUUCAUGUGCCAUCAUUCUCUACUGCUACUUUAGAAUCUUCAAGACAGUUCGCCAACACAAUAACAACUUUCGUCUCCCUGGCAACCCAGUAAACACGAUAAACGUGGAGGAAGUAAAGAUUGCGCGCACGCUAUUUAUAACAGUGGUGUUUUUCAAUCUAUGUUGGGCUCCAGUUAUGGUUAUUGAUCUAGUGGACACCAUCCAUGAAAAAUGGAUCUUCCCUCGCGAGGCCUACCUAGCAUAUAGUUUUUUGCCGUUUUCAGCAGUGCUUUGA